AUGGGUAUUAACGAGCAGGCCUUUGACAGUGCAGCUGUCUACCAGAAUGAAGCCCAAUUGGGCUGUGCCCUGAAGGAGCUCCUGCCCAAACAUGGUUUAACGAGAGAGGAUGUAUUCAUAACCAGUAAGCUGGACCCCAAGGAUCAGGGUAAGAGGGCCAUGGAAGGAGCCCUGCACAGCCUGUCUCAGCUGGACUUGGGUUACAUUGACCUCUACCUGAUCCACGAGCCUGGCACUGAGGGUCUGGUAGUGACUGACCAACGCAACCCAGGCAACCGAGCUCAGAGUUGGGCCACAUUGGAGGAGUUGCAUGCCCAGGGGAAGCUAAAGGCCAUAGGAGUGUCCAACUACACACCAGCACACAUGAGAGAACUGCUGCAGAGCUGCAAAACCCCUCCUGCAUUGCUACAGGUAGAGUUUCACCCACGACUGUGCCAAACAGAGCUGAGGAGUGUGUGUGAUGAGUAUGGAGUGUGUUUCCAAGCCUUCUCUUCCUUGGGGAAAGGAGACUUGGUCACCAACCCUGUGGUCAUGGAGGUGGCAAAGAACUGUAAACGCACACCUGCACAGGUCCUGUUGCGCUGGGCUGUGCAGCAGGGCGUCCCAGUGAUCCCCAAGUCGUCAAAUCCAGACAGAAUGAAGGACAAUGCCAAGAUUUUUGACUUCACACUGAGUGACACAGACAUGGACAGACGACAAAUACGACUGGGAUUCAUCAAAAGUGGUUUGAUAGACCAUUAGUGGAACAAACACUAUUUUCCAUGUGACUGACUGUAACCACAGUAUGAAACCACUACCAGAGAAAGGAACUAAUUGUUUAGACACAACUAGAUGAGGUUUAUUCUGAGUUGUCAGUGCAUUUAACAUAAUGAAUACUCUAUCUAAGAGGUACAGUAACAUUCUGGCCAAUCUGUUGCGCCAUUGUCAGAUCAUUUUCCUACUGACAAACAUUUGUUGAUCAUUUUACUGAUCUGCCAACAUGCCAUCAUAAAAUCAUGCUCUCACCAAAUUGAAUUAUAGCUUUUGUGACACGUUUCAGUCGCUUCAAAAUGGCUGCUUGACUGCUACCACGAGUGGGCGUGGCUUCGGCACAUUCAGCGGACACACCCCCACAGUCAUCGAGCUAAGAAUUCAUUUUUACCUGAUUUUGACACCUCAUUUCAUAAACGUGGAUAUUUUUAAUGAUUCGAAUUUGGCUUUUUUCUUUGGUCUAACAAAUUCGGAACACAUAUUUAUUCUUACUUUACACAGACUUUAAACAAUAUCCGCAGUUCAAGUUUUGGCGAUUUCUUUUAAUUCUGUAAAGCUGAUUACAAUAUAAGGCACUUGAAUGCCUUUGGCGGAUGCAGUACAUGCAAUAAAAAGGCAUCGACUGCUGAGCACAAAUGUCUAAAGGUAAGAAGAUGUAAUCAAUAUAUUGCUGCUGAGCCUUGAGUGGAAAAAACAUUACUUUAAAUAAGAAGAGUCUUCUUUAGUCACAAAGAAAAGCGGCUUUAGGGCGUUCCAGCAUCGGUUACGACUCUUAUUCUAGGACAUUAUCCCUGAAUAAAGGCAGAUGGGUUCUGUGGGGCCUUAGAUCCUCUUGUUUUUGCAGAUGAAACAAAAGACGAGCUUAGGUAACACACAUCAGAACAUGUAACGGGAGCCAAUUACAGGCAGUAGCGUUAAAAGAGUUAAAAUGGAGAAAAAAGAUCAAUGUUUUCUCUCUUGCCUAAAGCUGAGCCAUCUCCCCAGCUGACAACAUUAUGCAAAGCUUUGAAGAAUUGAAUCCCAAGAAGAAAAAGGGAAGGGAGGCAUGGAUGUAACAUUAAUUAAUAAGGUUUUGCUUUUGCGGGUAUAUCACAUUUGGCUCUGGGUGCUUCCGCUGUUUAAUCCAGAGACUAUAAUCUCUGUUUUAAAUUUGGUCUUGGUAUUUUCCCUUUUUUCUGGUCUUGUAGGGUUUUCACGUAGAAAAGUCUCAGGCAUGGCCACAGGUAAAAAGCACAUUCAUUUUUGAUUUUAUUGUUCAUCACAAUUUGAAUAGAGAUCACCAAGAUAUGCAACUAGUACAGAGGCCCUAAAGUCCCAAUUUUUUAAAAAAAAAUAAUUAAUGUUGAAAUGUACACUUCUUUUUUGUUUCUUCGUUUUUUUAAAUUUUUAUUAUAUACUACAUUGCAUUACAAUAAUGCAAUUUUAUGUCUUUCGUGUUGGUUUCCUGCUGUAACCUGGCUUUGUUCAAGACUAAAAUAAAUAAUAACUUUUGCUUGUAAAAAGUUUGAAUUGAAAGAGUUCAAGAAUGUGGAAAAAAAAGUUCAGAUUGAGGACUAAAGAUUUUUGUUUUUGAUAUUACAGCUGUCAUUUAAAGUUAAUUUUUAAAGUUUUCACUAACCGACUGUCAAUAAAUGAGGCAAGUUUUCCAGUCCAACAGUUUUAAAACCUCCACCAAACACUCCCUUCCGGUCGCUUGUCCUUCUCUGAUUCGCCAGAUCUUCUUCCAAUCAGCGGCGUCAGAGCAGGGUGUCGCCGUCUAUGGAUGUAAACAUUUCUCUCUGACGGACAACCUCCGAGUUAUGUUACGUUUACGUUUGUUAAGUUUUCUUUAGUGAGUCGACAGGUCGAAUUCAGGAGGAGGAGCUCAAAAGUGUUGAAGUAGAAGUCACGCUCAGAUCAAAAUGUCCUCCACUGCCCCGUCUAUCCUCCUAAACACAGGGGUUCAGAUGCCCCUCCUGGGUUUGGGUACGGGUACCUACAGGUUGUUGUCUCCUGAAGAUUUUUACCUGGCUGUGGAUGCAGCGCUGGCUGCUGGUUAUCGGGUCUUUGACAGUGCAGCUGUCUACCAGAAUGAAGUCCAAUUGGGCCGUACCCUGAAGGAGCUCCUGCCCAAACAUGGUUUAACGAGAGAGGAUAUAUUCAUAACCAGGUGACGCAUAUAUAUUUAUAUAGGCUCCGUCCUAUAUAA